UCUCGCAAUCUACCACUCCCGUCGUGGCUCGCCGCGAGAGUCCGUCGUGCGUUCGCCACCGAGUCGGGUGCUAGGAGAGGACGCGAGGGAGUAUUUCUCUGAAAUUUAUUCCCAGUUGAAAAGGUUUUUUACUCUCUCCUACCGUCGCGGGCUUCGGACUGCCUGCACGCUCCGUGCGUCCCUCGAAGCCUUCCUCCUGCACCACGUUGUCGUCGUUUAGAGCCGCUGCGCUACAUUUGACGGAUUAACGGAUCGGCGGGCGUGCCUUUGGAUUUCGUUGCACCGGCUGACCGGUGUUACACAUUUAUAAGUGUUUUUUUCUUCUGCCUACUUCGCAUCUUCCGGUUAUUUCACCGUGCGAAGCGUCUGCUGCUCGUUUCAACGGGGACGACCGGCAGUGCCGUGUUGACAGUGUGAUCAACCCGCUGGAAGCUACUCUACUGAGGACAACGGGUCGGCAGUUAUUGAGGAGCGUCGUGCCGUGACGGAGACGGCUUCACGCAGUGCCCUUUGAGCUGCCAACAUGCCCGACUCUAAGCCGGACGCCAACGCCAAGACGCCCAUGUUGGGCGGGGGUGGAGGGCCAGCAGGAGUCAUCCGGUUAACAGAGCCGCCCCGGGGAAUAUGGGGCAAGAUCGGGGCAUGGAUGAAGACAAACCUCCUGCUGGUGCUGACCAUAGUGGGCGUCCUAUUGGGUCUCCUGCUGGGAUUCAUGGCGCGGUUCUUUCAGUAUGGCGAGGACGUCAUCAUGCUCGUCUCCUUUCCGGGAGAGAUACUCAUGGGCAUGCUCAAAAUGCUCAUUCUGCCCCUCAUCAUAUCGUCCAUGAUAUCAGGGUUGUCGAUGCUCGACCCAAAGUCGAGUGGGAAGAUGGGCUCUCGGGCCCUGGUGUACUACUUCGCCACCACCAUCUUCGCUGCCAUUGUGGGCAUCAUCAUGGUGUCCGUCAUCCAUCCCGGUGACCCGUCCAUCAAGGAGGAAGUGGGCACCGGCACUGAGGACAAGAAGGUCUCCACGCUCGACGCAUUCCUGGACCUCGUCAGGAACAUGUUUCCUGAGAACCUACUGCAAGCUUGCUUUCAACAAGUGGAGACAACGUAUGUAAAAGAGAAGCCGAAGCCCCGUUUCAUACACCCCGACGAAAUGCUUAAUGCCACCAACGCGAGCACCUACGUGCUGAAGCGGACGCUGCAGUUCAAGGAUGGAACCAACGUUCUCGGGCUCAUCGUCUUCUGCAUCGCCUUCGGCAUCAUAGCGGGCCAGAUGGGACCAGAUGCGGAACUUAUGGUGCAGUUUUUCUCCAGUCUGAACGAAAUCAUCAUGAAGAUCGUCGUCCUGGUCAUGUGGUAUUCCCCGUUCGGUAUCAUGUCUCUGAUCAUCGGCAAGAUCAUGUCCAUCAAGGACUUGGCGCUGACGGCGCAGCAGCUCGGUCUCUACAUGCUGACCGUAAUCACGGGCCUCCUCAUCCACGCCUGCAUAACAUUACCGCUGAUCUACUUCCUCAUCACCCGGAAGAACCCGGUCACCUUCUUCAAGGGCAUGCUCCAGGCAUGGAUUACUGCGCUCGGCACAGCAUCGAGUGCGGCUACGCUUCCGGUGACGUUCCGGUGCCUGGAAGAGAACAACCACAUAGACAAGCGGGUGACCCGGUUCGUGCUGCCCGUCGGCGCAACCGUCAACAUGGACGGCACGGCGCUGUACGAAGCCGUCGCCGCCAUUUUCAUCGCACAGAUGAACGGCAUCAACCUUUCCAUCGGGGAGGUCAUCGCCGUCAGUUUGACGGCCACGGCUGCCAGUAUUGGCGCAGCCAGUGUACCCAGCGCGGGUCUCGUCACCAUGCUGCUGGUGCUGACGUCCGUGGGUCUGCCCACGGAAGACAUCUCAAUGAUCGUCGCUGUCGACUGGAUGCUGGACCGUAUUCGCACGUCCAUCAAUGUCCUCGGCGACGCCUUUGGCGCGGGGAUCGUGUAUCACCUGUCCAAGGGGGAGCUGGACAAGAUAGACGCCGAACACGCCCGGCUCGAGCUCGAGAUGGGCGAGGCCGGCCGCAAGGGCUCCUACAUGCGGCGACCCAGCGGCAUCGCGGCUCCGGGAUCCUCGGCGCCGCCGGACUACGGGGCGAAUCCCGGAGGACAGAACUUCGUCAGCGGCGAAGGAAACAGCGAAACGCAGAUCUAAGAAGCGGCCUAGAAGAGGCUGCGGCCGCGAAAAUGGCGGAACGGGCCAUGUUCGAGUUCAGGCCAACUUACACGCCUUCCUGUUCCCUCCUGGGCGCCCCGAUAGAAGCCGCCGUGACGUCACCCGAGGAGUGCGCAUGGUGGCAACUUACAGCUUUGAGAAAAAUGUCUGCCUCCUCUACACGCGAGCUUUCUUUCCGCAACACUAAUCGUCGUAAUGGAGUAUUUUGCCGCAGCGCUACCGUUCCAAUACUUACCGGAACCACACUGCUCACGCGGAAACGGCAGCAGGCGGUAUCGGUGACAAUGAAACGGUAACGCUACGCUGAAAUAGCCUCAUUUCUGCACGUGCUCCCCGUCAAGACCCUGUGCAAGCGAACGUCGCUUUCUUGUAGAUAAAUGCGCCCGCGUGUAAGCGCUAGCGGCCGUCAAAAGGGAUUCACGCAGAUCCAUACACAGGGUUGAGCUCAUGCACGUUAAUUAUGACUAAGCUGUGCAAAGAAAGCUCGCCUCUAUGAGGGUGCAACUUUCGGGAGUGCUUUACGCAGUCUUGGUCGGAGGACUCCGAAAGAAAAGUCUGCCUGACGUGCAGAAGCGCUCUGAGAACUUGAGUUCUUGCUGCACACGGCCUUCUUCGAGUGUUGAGCCUGCGCCGUUGAGGUGAAAGCCCGUGGACAAUAUGAAGAUCGCCACUCGUUGUGAUUCUCCGUCGAACGGAGCCCGAAGUGACUGGCAGAAGUUUUGAAGGUGUUGGAAAAAUUUACAACAAAUAGAGCCUCACCCGUAACACUCAAUUGAAGACAGGAAAAGUAGUGGUUAAAGGCGUGCUGCUCACCUCAUGGCAAAUCGUGUGUUGAGACUAAAACUAAAGCACGAUGAUGCUGCGAAAUUUUCAUUUAUACAUUCUAAGACAUUUUAUCGAUUCUUGGUCAACGUCGUUUCAGUUUUCUCUUUUUUUUACUACGCUGGGCUUUGGAAUGUAGGAAAUUGCGAGCUAGACGCUAGCCAUUUACUAUGUUCAUUGUAUACACAGUCGGGUGUCGGUUGAGAUGUUAUGACUGCUGGAGCAAGAGCUGAAUUCAGUGGUCGCGUGGAGGCUUCAAUACAAGGUACUCGUGUCAUCCACUAAGCCCCAGGAGAAAGUGAACACAUGAGAUGGUGACAUAUCUUUCUUCAGCUUCAAAACGAUAUGAAAGUCACCAUAUAAGUGGCUUUAGGCAGUCACAAGUGAAGUUGCGCAUUGAUGUAAGCAAGAAACUCUCUCAGUUUGUUUUCUAGUUCACAAAAAAAGUCGGCAUGCGAGAAGGUUCAACACUGAACGCCUAGCUGUAACAAGCCUCUUGUCACUUCGGGCUUCAUCUUCUACGGAGAGCACGCGAGCAGAUCUGCGCUGACAAUGCGUCAUCGUGACGUCAGCCCUUUCAUUAUUGCUGUCUCUCUUCGUGUCACCCUUUUUUCUUCCCCUUCUUUUGUACGUACGUAUUCGUUCCGCACUUACCGAUCCGACAAACACCUCGUGCUGUACCAUUCGCCAAGAUUCUAUCGCAUAUAUGUUGGAAGCCGUUAAGCUUCAUCGUAAGCGUAUCAUCAUGGAUUUCAUCGCUAGAACCGAACCAAGCAGCUUACCUUAUCAAGGCCUUUCCUCCGACGGACAUUUUCCUACCGUCUACGGCUGCUGCACGACAGCCGCUGCCCAUCACAGCAGCGGCUCUUGAGCAGUUAACGCCACCAUCAGAAGAUAGAUAUCACUGUAUUCGACUUGUAUCGGCACUUGUCGGCGGUUUUUUCAUCAAGCUUCCACCAUCAUUUCGUUAAGAACUAUCUCCAUCCUUUUGACCAGCGCUUCAGCUUCAGCACACACUGCUGUCGAUAUGAACAUGUCGUGUCCAUCUAAUCGCCAUCUCAAUCGGAAGAGCAUGUUAAACCUAACUUCGUACUCACAUUGCAUGCCUCGUCCCAUACGUCAACACUUUUCAGUCCCAUACGCAUACGAGCUUUGACUGAACCACCCAGCCGCUACAUCAUUCUUGAGAGUAGCGUGUCAAGCGAGCUUUAUGGAAUGACGCCACCGCAUCAAUGUUGCACACCAAACGCGAUUAGCAGAGAUCAAGCAUAGGACACUUUGCAAUGAUGUAUCAUUCUCGCAGCAUGGAAAACACCAUUUGGAAGGCGCACAUUAGGUGCUGUACAGCUAGUCGCUGUACGGGUCCUUUUUAAAGCGUUCGCGCGAUCAGAUGUACACGUCUUGAGUUCAAGAAAGCGCACGUCCACGCGAGACCUUGCAAGCCCGGUGAAACGGUGCGUGGAUGUGCGUUGUAUAUAUUUCGUUUUCUCUCGUAGCUUGAAACCCGGUGUGCUAGCCUAGGGCCUCCUCCUUUCGGAGUUCCUCAAAAUAAAGAAGAUCCCGGAGAAUCCGAGCGUCCCAAGCGGUGGCAGGCGAACCAGGGCCGUACCCCGAGGAAGCACGAACCGUCUGUGGGCUAGAAACGGCCGCACUUGACAAAUCGAGAUCGCAGCGCUACUUAUAGAACACCUUGGGGCGCGGUGUGGGGGAGUCGCGAGGUCGCAGCCGCGAAUCCAAUCGCCGGCAGCGAUAGAGAGGCGUGAUGGCCGCAGUUUGAGCGUUUCCACAAACGCACUAAGCCUGACUGUAGAUUUGCGCAAAUCAUCUCUACAUUCUCUCUGUCAUUGGCCUUUAAUCGUUUCUUGUGCACUGCAACAUGAAAACUAGAUUGGAGACCUAUUCUAAGAUGCCCAUGGUAAAUUUUUAUCCUCGCGAUAUUUUUUUCUCUAAGGUACCCGGGCUUUGGUUCCAGGGCCGUGUGCUGCUAGUGGGAUUAUUUACGCUACGUCAUUCUCGGCGGAGCUUACAAGCGACAAAAAAAACACGCAAGCAUGCUUCGAUCCCCAAAGUUAAUUUUCACUGAUAACAUCUGCGAUAUCAUCUAGGCUGCAUUGUCACACAAGCGAAAUUCGCUUUCAUAACUGAGUUGUAUUGCACCAGUAGUUAAAUGACUUGCCGGGCACCUGGCUGCUGAAGUUUAAUGCAUAAGACAUGAAAUUAUUUCGCUUGAACUAAGGCGACGUCUCUUGAGAAGUUGUCUUUUCGUAUUUCACAUUGCCGUUCUCUUGUAAGCACAAAAUUAGGGCAUACGACUUAAGUGCAAAUACAUUCCUCAAGUAUUCGAGAACUACUGCAGCCCUGAGGUCCUACCCGGCGUACCGGAAGCCAACGGCUUGCGAGCUCGCAAAUGAUGCACCUUCCGCCCCUUUGUUCUUUGCAUCCGGUACUUUUCUGUCGUGGCUCACUCCAGUAACGUGGAGAAAGAAGGCUGUGGCGAGCUCAGCGACCGAGCGACCCCGCCUAGUAACUUCCUGGCCAACUUCCAAACACAAGAUACGGCGGCUCGUCCUCCACGUACGGACGAGUUUGUUUUCAUCAGAUGACCUUCAAAACAACAUUUUCAGCUUGAACGAGCCGUGGCGUACAAGGUCAUAUCUCGAGGUUCUGUUAUAUGUUAUGUGAUUACCUCUAUAUUCCAUUCCCUUUCGUUUCGUUUUUCAAGGCCGACUUACGUGACACCCUCUGGAAGAUAUCGGUGUGGUUACGUAGGGUACAAGCGUUCCGAGUUUUGAGUAAUAGGCACGCAUGCGUCAUACCAUAGAUCACCCGUCAAGCUACAUCUAAGUAACUAUUCUGCUUGGCAGUGAUUGUGGACCUUUAAAUACCAAACUUGUGCGUUUCAAUGCUAUCCUUUCUGAAUGACACUAAAGGGCGCGCAAGGCAAGUGCGGUCACAUGCCGAAGCAAGCACUCGUCAUUAAGGAUCACUACAAAAUGUUCUAGGGGCUUCUUGAAGAACAAUGCGACUUGUCGGAAAUCACUGUGAUUACGUUUUGCUGUGUUCUCUUUUCUCUACGCUUCCUAACAAAAGAUAUGCAGCUCUCGCAUCAAAAUUCAUACCGGUAUAGGUUGGAGAAGAUGAACGCAUGUUAAGCGAUGGGCGCUUGAGGAACUUGACUGUAGUUCCACAGUUUAGCUGCGGAACAAGAUGCCAGUGUGCUCCAAGUGUCUUGUAAGGUCACCUGCGUGGCCCUUCGAAAAAAACUUCGUUUUAGUGCAUUGACAAGAAUAAGUGUUUGUUCAUUUCUACACGGAACCCUAGACAUUUGCCUUCAUGCGUGUCUAGAGCAAGCAACAACUGAUGACGCAACUUUUCAGGAGGCACAUCAAGAGCUGCAAAACUUGCAAUCUUGCACCCUCUGACGUGGCUCCAUCAUUGCUGCUUGUUUUUUAUUUUGUCCCUCGUGCAAUAGCUUCGUGAAUUUCUCUGGACUGUUUGUGUUACAUUGUUAGGUAUUCGUUAUUACAUGCCCUCUUCGUUCAUUCGUUACUGCCAGCAGGAUGGACGUGAAAUAUCCCCUUUCUUUGUGUACGCUGCUAGGUGAUCUUUGCGAACCACUUUAAUUAAACUAUUCAAAAAAAGGGGCGAACUUCGUGCCGCGAAGAGAACAUUUACGGAAGGAAGGGUGUUCAGCUGGGAUCGCUGACACAUUUGAACUUAGGGUUAACUACACUUGGACGGGAAAAAAGGAGGUAGCAGAAACCUGAUAAUUUUCACUCGCGUUGGCCACCUUUCUUGUCCAGUCCUCGCGCAGUUCACCCGAAGUUCUAGCUUCAAGGGUAAUUGCGCAACUUCAGUGAGUCUUUUGCUUUGCUCAUUUUUUAACAAAAAAGCUAUUUCAGAAAAAAGACGUCCGCUGUCACGAAAGUGUUUGGUGGUUAUGAUUCUCCCCUCAGACGACCCUUUACGCCAAUCUGUUAUCGCUUCAAAGUUGUAGCCUUGCUUCGACAUGAAAUUCAUGACUCCAUCUUCACAUAGUAUAAACUCAUCAUCACUCAUUGGAUGUGCUGCCUUUAGCCCCAUGUGUUAAUUCCCUUCGACCCAUGUUUUUCUUUUCAAUACCAGUGUGCAGUCGAUGCACAUGGUGGUGUUUCCGUAACCGGUGCGUCUUACAAGAUUGUACUUGAACGCUUGUAUGGAUGAGGUGCUCUCGUCAGUGUGUUAGCAGUCAUGUUUUAUUGCUUCGAACCACUGCAUGUUCUGUAGUGUAAAAUUGCGUUUUAUAAGUGCUGUAGACUUCGCGUGUACUAAUGCAAUUUAAUGAGUAAGAAAUUUUAUUAGAGUCUAUGACAUUGACAUUUCCUUUUUUUGCGCGGUCAAUGGCAUGGUAAUUCGAACAGCUUACACUUCAAGAUCAAUGCGAUCUUUUGCAUAACAUAUUUUCCGAAGAAUAGAAAGACAUUGAUAUUGAAAGAUAUUGAGCUCCGCAACCUUUUCUAAUGAACACUAACACAGAAAUAUCUAAUGAAUGAAACGCCUUAGCAAGCUGCCGUUAAUGAUCAUUACUUGUAGAAAACAUUAUACGCCACACCACCGCGUCAUCUAGUUAGUGUUACCCGCAUGUACACAAAUAUGUCAUAAUAUUUCUGCCAUCUUUACGGUGUGGCUUAAUUUUAUCUUAACAUAUUUCUACUUUGUACUAUAGUUCGCGAGGAACACUAGACAAAGCUACAGGUGACGCAUGAACCCUCAGGUUUACACAAAAAUAAAAACUAUUUUCGCAGAAUUUACAAAAGUUUUAUAAUUCGUUUUUACAUUUUAACAUGUCACUUAACGUUAUGCAUAGGUAAUGAUCAACAACUGCUUUCUUGCAGGACAUGAACCAUCUUUUUUUUUCUGUCUCGACAACUGCCUUAAAUGUGUGGUUAUCAAAGUACCGCGUUUUAUCGCAGAUGAUCAUCCGCUUCGGUUUUCUUGUGUUCUUUUGUGUUUAUUUCGUGGCAUAGUUUUAGCAACAUGAUUCUGUACACAACGGAAAAAUUAAAACCAUUCAUUGAAUUAAACAAUAAAAUGCUGUUUGUUUUGUUC